CCCCAUUUUGCCGUCCGAGAACCAAAACAAAAAAGCCCCACCAUUUGAAAUGAAUAUUAUUUUCUUUUGAACACGGUCCCAAAAACAUCUGACUCCCCCAACCCUCUUUCUUGUUCUCUUCCUAUUAUCCCUAUGUGUCUUUGACAGAGAGAGCACGCCUCCAUUGGAGCCUUUUAAAGCUCUGAUUCGUCAAAACAAACACUCAAAUCCAAUUCAAUCCAAUCACCACCAAAAACCCAGAUGAAGCGGUACAGGAAUGGCGAAGUCUGGGACUUUGAGAACCAAAUGCCGGUGGCCGCCGGCGCCGGAGACGUCAUCUUGGGUUUAGACGGCGGCACCACCUCCACCGUCUGCAUUUGCAUGCCGAUUUUGCCCUUCUCCGAUCCUCUCCCCGACCCAGUUCCCAUUCUUGCUCGAGCAGUCGCCGGUUGCACCAACCACAACAGCGUUGGCGAGGCUGCUGCAAGGGAUACAUUGGAGCAGGUGAUGGCUGAAGCGCUGGCUAAGUCCGGUUCGAACCGGUCGGCGGUUCGAGCUGUUUGUUUGGCGGUUUCUGGCGUCAACCAUCCCACUGAUCAGCAGAGGAUAUUAGAUUGGCUUAGGGAUGUAUUCCCCAGCAAUGCAAGGUUGUAUGUUCAGAAUGAUGCUGUGGCAGCUCUAGCUUGUGGGACUUUGGGAAAACUUCAUGGGUGUGUUCUAAUUGCUGGCACGGGGACCAUUGCAUAUGGGUUCACAGAAGACGGUAGAGAAGCUCGGGCAGCUGGCGCAGGACCUACCUUAGGUGAUUGGGGAAGUGGAUACGGAAUAGCUGCACAGGCAUUAACCGCUGUAAUAAGGGCCCAUGAUGGUCGUGGUCCACAUACAAUGCUUAUGUCUAGUAUUUUAGGGAAGCUUGGUCUUUCUUCUCCAGAUGAACUCAUCGGGUGGACCUAUGCAGAUCCAUCUUGGGCUCGCAUUGCAGCACUUGUUCCAGUUGUUGUAUGUUGUGCAAUUGCUGGUGAUGAGGUUGCAAAUAAGAUCUUGUUUGAUUCAGUCGAGGAGUUGAGGUUGAGUGUGAAAGCUGUUGUUCAAAGACUUGGCUUGUGUGGUCCAGAGGGAAAAGAUUCUUUUCCCCUUGUCAUGGUUGGUGGUGUUCUUGAUGAAAAUAAGAGGUGGGAUAUAGGAGAGGAAGUCAUUAAAUGCAUCUCCAAGGACUACCCGGGGGCAGUUCCUAUUAGGCCGAAGGUAGAGCCUGCAGUUGGAGCAGCGUUGGUAGCAUGGAAUUUUUGUAUGAAAGAAUCUCUUGAGAAUGCCUUCAAAAGCUGACUCUGACUGUUGCUGAUUUUAUAGUUUAUGAAUUGUAUAGUGGGAAGGAUCAGUGAUGAAGUGAAAGGAAAACAAGCUGCUCGAAAUUGAAAAUGAAAUCAUCAUUAAUAUAUAAAUUCUUUUGGUUAAGAAAUCAUUCUGAAGUGUUGGCAGGCUAAUUCUAUGAAUAUACCACUGUGUCAAUUUCUGAUACUGUCUUAGCUUUGCAUGUAAAAGUAUCUCUAUCAAUAGUGAAGUAAAGAAUGAUUUCAAGUGUGCUAAA